CGGAUGUGUCCCGGUUCUGAAGCUUCUGAAACAUCUGCUUCCGGUAGCUAAAUACUUCAAGCUAACUACUGAUACACUGCUGCCUGUAGCUUUAAUUGCAGUUAUCUCCGCUCUCUAGGGCUACAAUACUACUUAAACAAGUCCAAAAACAAAAACAAGGAGAAUUGAACCAUAACGGAUCCGUCCUGCUGUCCACCCUGGCGUUUCCGUGUUUCGAUGGCAUUUAUCUCCCUAAGCAAGAAAAUCAAUUCCUGCAUUAUGUCAAGGAGGAGCUGGAAACAUACGUACAGAAGAGCAACCACAAGAGUGUGCUCCUGUUCCCCCCUCUACCCAGCAGACUGCGGUACCUGAUCCACAGGAGCAUAGAGGACCUGCCAGAGUUCUCCACCUUCUCAGUAGGGGACAGCUGGUGCCGUAGGGUGGUGGUCUGCCAUUUGGAGCUCAGGGCUGAGGUAGAAGAAGACCAUGACUUGGAAGGCAACAACAGCUUUUAUGAAGAGCCCCUAAGAAGCAGGGAGGAGAAGGAUGGCAAAGCCAAGCCUAAAUCUUCAAUCCCAUCUCGCAGCAGAGGACCUAAGAGACCGGACAAACCCCUCUACAUGCCACGAGCUGCUCGGGAAAGGAUCUCUGUACGAAACUCACCAGAUCCCCCGGGAGAGCAAGGGUCGCCGGGUCCAGUCUCAAGUAGCUGUAGCUGCAGCAGCAGUUCUUCUGACUCUUGUUUCUGUCCCGAAAAUACAGAAAAAUCAUCUUCAUCCCAACAGGAGUGUCCCCCGUGUGUAGAAGAGGGGGAUAUUAACCACUUUGCUGACUGUUCAGCAAAUUGUCCUCAGGAAGACGAACAACAGUUGGUGUUGACACUUCAUGAAGCGGAGGCCGAAGUCUUGGAACAGACCGUGUCCUGCUUCAGUGACCUUAGUCUGGAGGAGGAUGAGAAGGGCAGUGAAGACAUAGAUGAUGUGACGGAAGAGAUCAAGGCACAUCUGAAAGACAUGGUGACUGUUUCCAUUCAGCAUGUUCAAAACGACUACUCCUUUUAUGAGAACGUUUGCAUCAGCCCGGAUAAACUUUGCCACGUGAUCGAGAUCUAUGACUUCCCUGCUCUCUUCAAAACGGAUGACCUCCUGGACGCUUUCACAGAAUACAGUGACGGUGGGAUGAAGAUCGAGUGGGUGGACAAUACACAUGCCCUGGGGGUUUUCUCCAGUGAGACAGCAGCCCUUCAUGCCCUCUCCAUCUGCCAUCCGAUGCUAAAGACCAGAGCACUGACUGAAGCCAGUAAAAAAGCCAAAGGCAAGGCCACCAGGCGGGCAGAGUUUAUCCAGCCAGUGAAGGAGCGUCCUCGGACAGACUGUGCUGUUGCCAGGCGGAUGGUGACCAGAGCCCUGGGGCUGCAGGCACGGGAGAGAGUGCAGCGAUAUUGAAGGGAAUCACAAACACUGUUGGCUAAUACAGGUCCAACAGAGGUCUGCUUCCAUCCAUCGGGCCCCUGUAGAGAACCCAACGGGAGCACAAACAGCUGGCUGGUCAUGAAGUCGACCAUCCAGAAGUGUUUGCCUGCUUCACUGAUCAGAGCAGCACGAGCUGAGCGAGGGUGCCACACAUCUGCAACAUCCAUCCUGCUGAAGUGUUCAUGAGCAAGACGCUGAAUCACAACUAGCCUCACAGUCCCUGUUCUGUAGCUGAACCUGAACCCUCUGGUCACAAGUAUUAUUGUGAAAUCUGCAGCUCUUGGCUUGUUUUGAUUUUAUUGCAUGUGCUCUUGGAACUAAGCUUGAGGAGUGUUUUUUUUCCAGGCAGGGAUUUCUUUGUUCGUCCAGGUGAUGCAGGGUUGGUUGCGCAAUUCUAUACAAGUAGUCAUUAUUUUUUAACCUAAUGUUGAGCUCCUCGACAGAUUAAUUCUCAGGAUCUGGUUGAAUAAAUUUUAAUUGUGGGCGGUUUUUACAGCCAGUUGUUUAUAUUGACUGUACAUUUCCAACUGACAGAUGUAAUGUAGAUCUGUUAAUGAAAUGACAUUUAACAGUGGGCCUCAAUGGCCACUGUGCCAGUGGAGAGACGCAGCCAUUAAGAGAAUUAAGAGGGCGGUGGUGGCGAAGUCCAUAGGGGGUUGGCCUGGGAACUGGAAGGUCACCAGUUCAAGUCCCCGAAAGACCUAGUGCCACCGAGGUGUCCCUGAGCAAGACACUGGUUACCUACACUGCUCCCCGGGCGCCGUACAUAAUGGCAGCCCACUGCUCCUAACACUGGGAUGGGUCAAAUGCAGAGACCGCAUUUCGUUGUCCUAGUACUUGUACUCUGUGCAAUGACAAUAAAGUUGAAUCUUCAAUCUUCAUCUUCAAUCUACAUGUAGCAGCAAUGAUAUUUACAUUCAUUUAUAAAAUGUAUUUUAAUUUGUGUAUACAAGUUGCAUCGAGAUGUUCAGUUGUUUAAUUUUUUCUUCUAAAUAACAAGAAACUACCUUUAGGAGUGUUGCCUCAGAGGCCAAGUGUACAGGUUCUGUCUCGGUCCACUUUACGUUGAGCUUUGGAAACAUGGAUUGUACGCUCCUUUGAACCUGUUACUGUACUGUCGUUUUGAUUGUUGCCUCUGUAAAGGACAUUAACUUGCCAUAAAAAUGUUUGUAUUUAGUAAGAGAAAGAUGUUCAGUAUUUUAUUUUUUUGUCAUACUGAAAUAAAUGUACCCCUACAUUUA